AUGGUGUUGUGGUCAUACAGAACUACACCAUGGAAAAGCACAAAGGAAACCCCUUUCAGCUUGACGUAUGGAACCGAAGCCAUGCUUCCCAUGGAGGUGGCAGUCAACACACUGAGGGUGGCCAACAAGGAUGAGGAAAACAAUGUAAAAGACCUGAGGAUAAACCUAGAUAUCCUAGAGGAGAAGUGUGAAGAAUCGGGUGUACGCCAAGCCGCGUAUAAACAUGCAACAGAAAGAUAUUACAACCAAAGGGUAAAGGAGAAUGCCUUCAAAGUCGGCGAAUAUGUUUUCAGGAAAAACGAGGCAAGCCGAGCCCAACCUCAAGGAAAGUUGGGCCCAACAUGGGAAGGCCCAUACAGAGUCAUGGAGGAGAAUAGGAGCGGUGCAUACGUGUUAGAGACAAUGGAAGGAAGGCCCAUUCCAAGAACAUGGAAUGCUAGGAACUUAAAGAAAUGUUUUUUCUAUGGCAAGGAAAGGAAGGAAAGGGAAGCAACCCAGUUGGUUGACGUCUCAUUGAGUGUAUCGCACCCCGAAUACUUAGAGUAUAUUUGUUCAUGCUAA